UCUUGUAUUUAAGAUGACGGAUGGAGAUUUUGCUGUACCCGACUCAACCGUCGAAUAGCCUCUGCAUGGAAGAAGCUAAAAACAAGACCUGAACGAAGCGUGACAUUGGAAAAUAGAUGUGCGUGCUGUCCUAACCGUAGCGUAACCUCACCAUCCCUCCUCAAAGCCAUACUCACUCCCUCAAGGAAUAAAACAGUGAGCGCUAAAUGGGUGCUGGAUGCCCAGCGACGAUUGCAUAGCCUAUCUCGUCUGAAGACUUCUCGAGUAUUAAGACCCACGCGUACUGGGUCUUAGACAGUACCAAAGAGAGACAUUUAAUUCUGGAAUUAAUGUCCGUUUACAUUCUCUAUGUAUCGCAAUCUCGCGUGUGAAGGUCUUUUUUUCUGAGCGAGCGUUGUGGACAGAGGACAUGUAAAUACCCUGACAGGAUUUUUGAAUACCCUGUGCUCUCUCCAUCGGGAAUUUUUCAAGAUGGACCGAGUCGACCUGGACCAGGAGGUAAUGGACACACCAGUACACGGAGUCCACGGACCGCACCGGAUCAGGCCGUCGUCUUACCGGGCACUGCGUAGCGCUGUGUGUAGUCUAGCCCGGAUAGACGACUUUGUCUGCGAGAAGAUCGGCUCAGGUUUCUUCUCCGAAGUGUUUAAGGUGCAGCACAGGAUCACAGGGCAGGUGAUGGCUCUGAAGAUGAACACCAUGGCCAGUAACAGAGCCAACAUGUUAAAGGAGGUUCAGCUCAUGAACCGACUCAACCAUCCAAACAUCCUUCGGUUUGUGGGUGUGUGUGUUCAUGAGGGACAUCUACAUGCCCUGACAGAGUACAUUAACGGAGGGAACCUGGAGCAGCUGCUGGACAGUGAUGUGUAUCUGUCAUGGGCAGUGAGAAUGAGUCUAGCUCUGGACAUCGCCAGAGGCCUACAGUACCUCCACAGCAAGGGCAUUUUUCACAGAGACCUCACAUCCAAGAACUGUCUGGUUCGCUGGGAGAAUGGUGUGUGUAGCGCAGUGGUGGGAGACUUUGGCCUGGCAGAGAAGAUUCCAGAGUACAGUGACGGUUCACAGAAACAGCCCCUUGCUGUGGUUGGCUCCCCCUACUGGAUGGCCCCGGAAGUGCUUAGAGGAGAACUCUACAACGAGAAGGUGGAUGUAUUUGCAUAUGGAAUCAUUCUCUGCGAGAUCAUUGGUCGGAUCCAGGCAGAUCCGGACUUCCUUCCUCGCACUGAGGACUUUGGUCUUGAUGUGGAGGCUUUCCGGCAAAUGGUGGGCGACUGCCCUCCCGCUUUCUUCAACUUGGCCAUCGUCUGCUGCAGUAUGAGGCCAGAGGAUCGUCCAGCGUUUUCAGAUGUGGUGGCAGAGCUGGAGAAGAGAGAAAAAGAGAGGAUUGAGAAAGAGAGGGAACAGGAGUCUGCAGUGAGGGGCGCUGUCUCUCCAAGCAUUCCUCCUUUGCGAAGACAGUCUCUCGGUGUCCUCGGUGACCCCCGCCUGUGCCGCAGUAAAUCAGACGUUCUCCCCCCUCCCCCUGCCGCCCCCGCCAACCAGACCACGCCCGCGCGAGUCAACCCUUUCUCUCAACGAGAGGACCUGAAAGGGGGCAGGAUCAAACUGUUCGACACGCCCAGCAAAUCCGUCAUUUCCCUCACCUUCACCCUGCCCCCUCCUCCCAACGCCCGCGACCACCCGCCCUGCGAGAAGAUACCUCUUCGCCUCCACCGCCGCUGCCAAUCGCUGCCCUGCACUCCCGAGAUCAUCCAAUCGCUGCACAGUCGCGAGAGGAACGAGCCAGACACGCGCGAGCACAGCGGUAAAGAAACGCUCGUGAACGAUGAGACGGAUGCUAGCGGCAGGACCAAUCCAUCCGGCACGGGCGAGGAGGAGGAGGAAGAUGCGGACGAGGAGACGAAGGAGGUGGAGAUUCUGGCUGAUGACUCAGGCUUGCCCCUGGAUCUCGAGCUGUUUUCUCUGGACAGAGUGACUGAGGAGAGUCUGGCUGAGCCCAUGGACUGCACGGACUCGCCCAGUACACCAGAUGGCGCUGUCCCCUCUCUGGAAAAACCUUUCUCUAAUGGCUGGAGCCCUCCCAUCUCUAACGGGCCCCCUUCUUUGCCCCCCCUGCCCCAUCUGGAUAACAACAACACCCCGGCGGUCGUCAGCAGGCCCCUGGGGUGGAGCACCAACGGGUAUCACACCGCGGGGACCCUGACCCCGCCGCAGGAGACCGACGAGGUCAUUUCCUGUCCCGGCUGCUGUUUGGCGGGACUGAGUUUUCCCUCGGUGUGCGUGCGAGCCCCUCAACGGAACCCUUACAAAAACUUGAACGGGGACUCGGCCACCCGGGGGCUCCUGUGCCGCGCCCAGCCCCCCUCCCCCUCCGAACCUGCCGUCGCCUUGCCCGGCACACGGACCUAAACCAGGACAGAGCGCUGGAAAGCUCUGUUUGUGAGACUCCCCAAGGAUAUCUCUGCCUUUAAAUACUACUGGUAGAACUGUGUGCGUGUGUGUGAGCGUGUGUGUGAGCGUGUG